CAAGAAUUAAACUCGUUAAUUUAUUUGAACUCGUGCCCAUGCUCUCAAAAUCGUAGCAACUGCUUUCUCUACAUCUCUAGGAGCGACAGGAAUCGCAUGUCCCCCGACAAAAGAUACCAAUUCCGCAUUGCUGUCUUCAAAAUAUGUGUCCUUGAGACGAGAGCCCUCCAACUUCCAUGGAUCUUUUGUGCCUUGUAUGUGAACCGAUGGAAUUAUUAUUGGCUUGGAUGGACCAACUGGACUCGACAAGACUUUUGUUCCACAAGACGAAGAAUUUCUCCCACAGUCGUCAACGUGCAAUGCCGGAAAAGUUGCUGCGAUCAAAAUAGCGAAUCUCAACUGCUUUCCCAAUACAGAAUCCAAGCAAAUGCCGGUUGCGACCCUCGCACCCUGGCUGAAAGCCAUGAUGCCCACGGCCUUUGUCUGGUUCAGCUGCGUAGCAAGCAAUUUUUGCACUAUCUGUCGUCUGUGUCGAAUUUCUUCCGGCGAGAUAUCAAAUUCGAUAGCUGCACUUUCAUCGCAGUGCCACCAGAGAUACGGUUCGAUUCCUUCAUAUGUUGGGUAAACACCCGGUCCAGCUACAGACUCGAAUGGUGCAUCGAUGAAGACGAACCGGAACACUGUUGAUAGCUUGCGGAUUAUCAUGCGUGCCUGUAAUCGAAAUAUGAUUCCAUUCGUGCCGGCCCCAUGGAGGCACAAAAUGGUUGGAAGAUCGGCUCGCUCAUUUGGUUCAAGGAUCGAUAUCAUGCCUCUUUGAUCGUCGGCAGCGUUAUGACAGAAUUAUUCGCUCUGUUUUCCACUCUGUUGGAAAUGCAAAACCUCAGAUAGUAAGGACCUAGGCCACCGGCGAAAAGGGGAUGAAGAUGAAAUUGCCGCAGCAGGCCAGUUCGAGACCGGCCCUUUCUCUCGUGGACCACUUCCAUAUUUUUUUUUUCGCCGCCGGAGCAAAAAUAUCUCAACCGGGACGGAAUCAUGUGUGUUCUGUAUUUUGAAUCCUGCGGACUGUGAUAUCCGCCGGCGAUUACUCACGUAUUGUAAAUACAGAUGUGUAAAUUCGUGAGCCUUCACGGCGGAGACGAUAGUAAUCACAUCAUACCAAGAUGCAAACUCAUGCAAACCCAUCGAAUGAGUCUUCCAGUGCUAGCCGCAAUGGCAACUUGGGGAAACGUAUGAACGUGAUUGUCGUUGGUGCCGGAUUUGGUGGACUCACAACUGCUAUAGAGUGUCAAAAACAAGGGCUGUCUGUUGCCAUCUACGAGUCUUUUGCAGAACUCAAACCUCUCGGCGAUGUGAUUUCUUUCGGUGCCAACGCUGGCAAGAUCUUGCGACGCUGGAAGACAGCCACCGGUGACGAGAGGGUAUCCGAUCUUUUUGAUCCACUUUCAAUCAAAUUAGGAAAGAACGGCUUCAAUCUUCACAGAUCAAAUGGAGCACUCAUCUUCAACCAGAGGAUGCCACCCAAAGAUCCAGAGGCGCCAAUGUUCAAUGGCCACCGAGCCGAUUUUCACGAGAUUGUGUUCCAAUAUGCAUCAGCAAUGGGAAUCCCCAUUCACCUUGGUCAGCGCUGCCAGCAAUAUUUCGAAGACAGUGAUGCAGCAGGAAUUUUACUCGAGUCCGGUGAAAAGGUCAUGGCCGACGUGGUGAUAGCUGCGGAUGGGUUUCGUUCCAAAGGACGAGACGUUGUGCUCGGAAAUCACCUGCAGCCAAUCGCAUCUGGGCACAAGUGCUUCCGAAGUUGGUUCACUGGUGACGAAGUAUUGAAAGAUCCGGAAACGGCAAAGUUCUGCUCCAACGGAGAUACAUUCACGGGCUGGAUUGGUCAUGAUGUCCACUUUCUGUUCUCAACGUUGAAAGAUGGGAAGGAUUGUUCGUGGGCCAUUACAUACAAACCUGAAACUGUUAUUGAUGGCCCAUCUCGAACGAGAAAAGAACGAUUGUACGACAUAUUCCAAGACUGGGAUCCCAUUUGCCGCCGUCUUAUAAGCCAUACCCCAGAAGAGAAAAUUUUGGAAUGGGACGCUGCUUAUCAUGACCCAUUGCUAACAUGGGUAAGCAAAGAGGGACGAAUCGCUCUCCUGGGUGAUUCUGCCCAUCCCAUGCUUCCCACAAGCGCCCAAGGAGCUGCGCAGGCAAUGGAGGACGGGGUGACCAUUGCAAUAUGCCUCCGUAUCGCAGGCACGAAAUAUGUUCCUGCAGCAUUACGUGCAUAUCAAAAUAUUCGGUACGAACGUGUGAAGUCUGUACAGCGUACCGGUGAGGCAACCAGAGAAAUGUGGCAUCGUACAGACUGGGGAAAAGUAGCUAAAGAUCCAAGUAGCCUGUCAUUCCCUCGUGAGGACUGGAUCCAUUCGCAUGAUGCAGAGCAGCAUGCGGAAAGUACUGCCAAAGACGAAAUCGAGAGGGUUGUUGGGUUGAGGCUGGGUUGAGUUGUAGAGCGGCGUGGUAGAUAAGUCAAUUACAUACAAGCCAGUGAUUUCUUAGAUGUCACAUCAGUCAUUCAUCUAGUCGGGUAGUGGUCGAUCCAGC